UUAAAUAGACAAAAUAUAUAUAAAUACAUUACAAUGGAUUUAAUGCCUGUAGUUACUAUACAAUGUGAUUGGAACGAUGUAAUUCGGCUGCCUAAAGGGGAGGCAUGGAUAUCAUCCAAAAUAUUGAACCAAAAUAGUGUUCAUGAUAAAUUGUCUACUUCUGUGAACAAUCCUGAUAGAAAAAUAAAAAUAAGUUUCUCUGACAAUUAUCAGUAUAUAUCACAUAGCAAUUUAAGUUUAGUUGUGAAACAUAUACCUUCUGGACUGAGGGUGGCAUUUGUAGCACCCACAAAGGGGCACAAAGUACAUGACAAAGCUGUGUUGUCUGUGGCAGUGGCUGAAAAUUCCAAUGUCGUAUCAGCUUGUGAAGGUGAUAAACUGUUGGUGUGGGAUAGCAGGACUAGUGAAGUUUUCCUUGAUCUAAAAGGCCAUGGUGGACCAGUAUAUAAGUGUAAGUUCUUCUCAUCUGGCAUUGUUGUGUUAUCUGCGGGCGCUGAUGGAUCCAGCAGGAUCUGGUCGGCUGAGUCAGGCAUAAAUCCAGUGACUUUGAAGGGCCAUAAAAUGGCUGUUACAGAUAUCAGUAUUAUCGAAAAGGGGAGAAAUGUCAUUUCAGUUAGCAAAGAUGGUUCAGCAAAGUUAUGGGAUGUUGGUGAAUCAAGUUGUUUAGACGAUAUAAUAGAAGGCCAUGGUCAAAUUAACUGCUGCUACUUAGGAACAACUGCAGAUGAAGUUGCAGUGGAAAAUGAAAGAGAGGUGGGCACUGGAAAUAAAUUGCUGGUUGCUGGCUGUGAGAGUGGACUUGUUGUUUGUGCACAUGUUGCCAAAAGGGAGGAGCUGUAUUGCAAGCAAUUGGAAUCAGCGUGCAAUACUUGUAUAGUUAUUGAUAAGAGUAUCAUUAUAGGCUGCAGUAAUGGAAAGAUCAUACACCUAAAUCUAAAAGAUGGCGCAUUAAUUUAUGAGUGGUAUGAAUCUGCAAAUCCAGUUCUUAGCCUACUGACGCUAUCUAACCAAUUAUUUGUAGUUGGUAGACAAGAUGGCACCUGUACAGUUCUGUCAAUACAGCGAGAAUUGCAUAAUGGUAUAAGAGUGCAACUCACAGGCUCAGAUUAUGAUGGCAUUCGAGAUUUAGCAUUCAAUGGUAAAUGGAUUUUAGCGGCGUGUAGAGACUGUACUAUACGGAAAUAUGAUUUUAAUCAAGUUUCUGUACAUUUUAAAUGAUAUAUAUUAUAUGUUAAUUCAUAAGUGUAUAAAUAUGUUAUAUAUUGUAUAAUAGUUUUGUAUUUUAAAAAAUAAUAGUUCAUAUAUAAUUU